AUGGGAAAUAAUCUUUGUUAUUAAACUGGAGAGAGAUCUUCAUUGUUUCCUUAAUUGCUAUUAAAAUAUGAAAUGGGAAAUUGUGAAAUAGUAUUAACUGCAGGUCCUGUUGAAAAUGAAGAUGUGGAAUGUUUAGUGAUUCCAACUGAUUCUGAAUACACCAAUAUCAAGCAGAACGAUAGACCUAAUUUUAAAUAAGUAAAUGAGAAAUGUGUUUUUGUGGCUGGUAAUAAAAGUAUUGAAUUCAUAAAUGCUUAAAAAAGAACGAAAAAGCUAGAUUUUGGCAAUCGUCAUAGACAAGAAUUUCUCAAUUAAAAAUGAUGAUGGAGAAAAUGAAAAAUAGACUAUUUAUGCAACUGUUUAAGAGGCUCUCAGAUUGGUAAAAUGAUCAGAUCUAUUCUAAGGCCGAAUAAAAGUUAAUGAAAUCUGUUGGAUUCCCAGUAUUUUAAUCUAAAGAUUACACUACUUCAGCUACAAUCAUGCUUAUGGCUAUAAAACUCAGUUUAACAGAACAAAAAAUAAAAUCACUUAAACGAAUAGCAAUAACACUUGAUGUAUCCAUUAUAGCAUAAUCAUAAAAGCAUAUUGAAUAAGUGAGCAGCUUUAAAUGGGUAUUUCAACAAGUGUUCAAAGGAAGUGAAUAAUUGAAACAUUCAAGAACCUAUUCAAGUUCAAUUAAUACACAAAUAGAUUCUAUCGAUAUCAUAUAAUCUAAAGUUAAAAGUAAUACAAAGGAAGAAACUCCAUGA